CGGAGGUGUAAUGGCCGACCGCUUCUGAUGGUAGAGCCGCUUUUGUCCGCAGGCGUCGGUUAGGUUUCCCGUUGAAUUAAUGCGUUGCUCGGGGAAGCUGAGACCUUUAGAAGACCUGCAUGGACAGCGAUUAAUCGCAUGAUGGCCCGCGGUGCCAAGUUCAGGCUCUAAGUCCCAUGGCAGCAGGCCCUGGGCCUUGCCGGCGAGGAGCAGCUUCCUAGUCAUCCCGAGAAGUGGACAGUCCGAGUGUCCCGGUGCGCGAUGGAUGCGUCAGUACCAAUAGAGCACGUGCUGUUGAGAAUCAAGGUUCUCAACCUGGCCUACCUGACUGUCGCGCUGCCUCUAUUCACUCUGAUUUUCUGCUUCGCCACGUCAAUGUUGUUCCAGUAUACCGCUGUGAAUACGACAGUCUGCAAGGUGUACAACUUCUGCCCGUCCGUGAGCGCCAUCACGGGCAUCUCGCCGCAGCGCUACGUGUGGCGCAUGGGCGUCGCGCUGCACACGGGCCCGCGGCUGCUGCUGGCGUCGCUCUACCCUCGCUACUUCGCGCGCCGCGCCGCCCUGGUGCCGGCCCCCAAGAGGGCGCUCUUCUCGCGCCUGACGCGCGCCAACUACGCGCUGCACCUGGCCGAGGCCCUGUCCCUGGUCGGCGUCACGUACGUCUCGAACCGCGAGAACUACCCGGUGCACGAGAAAAUCUUCAUCGUCUUCAUGGUCUCGUCGCUGCUCUACAUGGUCGGCACGUGCCUGGCGGUGCACAUGUGCGCCCACAAGGACGACACCCAGAUGGAACGUAAGUCGCGUCGCCUCAAAUUCUCACUGCUGGUGCUGACCCUGGCGGCCAGUGCAGGCAUGCUCUUCUUCUUCUACAAGCACCGAAUCCACUGCGUCGAACUUGCGUUCAGCUGGUUCUCCAUCUGCGAGUACGUGAUCUGCCUGUGUAACAUGGCGUUCCACCUGACCCUCGUGUACGACAUCCCCAACGAGGAGCUGCUCGUCGGCCUGCCCGUGACGAAGGCCGUCUGCUCUUCUUCCUCCGCCUCUUCCCGGAAGGACCAAUGAGACACGACAAGCCGCUAGUGCCAAUGGAUGCGCGCUCUCUUCCACGCACACACCACACACACACAUCUCUCUCUCUCUCA